CAGGCCCCGCCUCCAGCCCCUGACUACACCACUCACCGAGCUGGGACCAGAAUCACUGUGCGUCCCGCCGACUCCAACCUUCACUACCGCGGCUCAAGCGACAUGGCGGCGCCGGCCAAGGCCGAGAACCUGUCCCUGGUGGUGCACGGCCCCGGGGACAUUCGCCUGGAGAACUACCCCAUCCCGGAACCCGGCCCAAACGAGGUGCUGCUGCGCAUGCACUCUGUCGGCAUCUGUGGCUCCGAUGUUCACUACUGGCAGCACGGGCGGAUCGGGGAUUUCGUGGUGAAGAAGCCCAUGGUGCUGGGGCACGAAGCGUCGGGGACUGUUGUGAAAGUGGGGUCAUCGGUGAAGCACCUGAAAGCAGGUGACCGAGUAGCCAUCGAGCCUGGGGCUCCCCGAGAAGUAGAUGACUUCUUCAAGAUUGGCAGGUACAACCUGUCACCGACCAUCUUCUUCUGCGCCACGCCCCCUGAUGACGGGAACCUUUGCCGCUUCUACAAGCACAAUGCCAACUUCUGCUACAAGCUCCCCGACAACGUCACCUUCGAGGAAGGGGCCCUGAUCGAGCCGCUCUCGGUGGGGAUCCACGCCUGCCGGCGUGGUGGAGUCUCCCUGGGGAACAAGGUCUUGGUGUGUGGAGCCGGGCCGGUCGGGCUGGUCACCUUGAUCGUGGCCAAAGCGAUGGGUGCAGCGACAGUGGUGGUGACUGAUCUGUCUGCCUCUCGGCUGUCCAAAGCCAAGGAAGUGGGUGCCGACCUCGUCCUGCAGGUCUCCCAGGAGAGUGCCCAGGAGAUCGCCAGCAAGGUGGAGGGGCUGCUGGGCGGCAAGCCCGAGGUCACCAUCGAGUGCACCGGGGCAGAGAGCGCCAUCCAGGCGGGCAUCUACGCCACUCGCUCCGGGGGGACCCUGGUGCUGGUGGGGAUGGGCUCCGAGAUGGCCAGAGUGCCCCUCAUCCAUGCCGCCAUCCGGGAGGUGGACAUCAAGGGCGUGUUCCGAUACUGCAACACGUGGCCAAUGGCCAUUUCGAUGCUUGCGUCCAAGUCCGUGAAUGUGAAGCCCCUAGUCACCCAUCGGUUUCCGCUGGAGAAAGCGCUGGAGGCCUUCGAGACAUCCAGGAAGGGAGUGGGGAUAAAAGUCAUGCUCAAGUGCGACCCCAAUGACCAGAACCCUUGACACCAGCUGGGCUGUCACCCUGCCCCCCAUCUUGGGGCUCAGUGGUCUGGAGGAGAGGCUGAACUGUGCUCAGGACAGUAAGAAUAAUAACGUGGGGCUGGGUGGCAGCUCGGGCCAGACACUUGCCAGGCAGACGUGAAGCUUGGGUUAAUCCCCAGUCCUACUGAAAAAUCAAAAAAAAUCAAAAAAGAAAAAAUGUAAGUGAUGAAUGUGAUCCAUUGCCAAGGGAGAGCCUUCCAGAGGAGCAGGUGUGCCUUAGGAUCGCAAGCAGAGACAGCUGGACACCUUGCUCUUGCCAACCAGGGUCAGGCCCCCUCUUCAGGAAGGGCCCUCGGGUUCUGGAUCCACUGUGAUGGGCUGAGUGACAAGGAGAGACUGUCAUCGAGUCCCACCCAGCCGCCCACCACUGCGGCUGAUCAUGGGCAGGUGUGGGUCAGGGGUGCUCCGCUCUGGAUGAGAAAGAGGGAAAGAGGAGGGUCUGACUUCCUGGGCCCAGGACGGCUUUGAGAUCAAUCAGAAGGCUAAAAGCUAAGAAGCCCACAGUCCCGAGAUGUGGAAUAGCAAGGGCCCUUCUAGACCUGCUAGAAGACAGGAGCCCCCUCCCCAUUGCUAGGCAACUGGAAGACUUCUGCCUGAGGGCAUCGCUGGGGGAAGACCCGCGGGUCUCUUCAGGUCUGCCCACCCUGCAGAAUCUGCAUCCCUCCAUGGCCAGCCAGAGAUCAUGGCCAGGCCAUUGCACUCCAUCCUGGUUAUUGGAGACAGUAAACUUUCCCCUUCUCUUAGUCACUGGGUACUGUGUACCUAUGUUCCCAUCAACUCAGGAGCCUGAAGCAGCCUAUCUGCAAGUUCAAGGACAGCCUGGGCAAACUUAGUAACAUCCCAUCUCCAAACAAAAAGGGCAGCAAUAUAGCUGGGUUGUAGAGUGUUCUGGGUUUGUUUUGUUUGUUUGCUUUUGAGACAGUGUCUAUCUACAUAGUUCAGACUGGCCUUGAACUCACUGUGUAGCUCAGGCUGGACUUGAAUUUGUGGCAGUCCUCUUGCCUCAGCUUCCUGAGAACUGGGGUCACACCUGACUGUGUCCCAGGUUCUUGGAAAAAGCCACCAAAAAGGCUCUUGGUACUUUGCUGUCUGCUGGGAAAGUCAUCUCUGACCUUGUCUUCUAUUAUAAUUAUGAGGGUUUUCUGUGUAAGAUUCAGACCCAGGUCACAAUGUGCCCUUCUGGACUUCGAGAUGAUUAAUCAAGAAUGAGGAUAUAGAGGCUGCCACUUAGCUUGUGCUUCGGCCCUCAGCCCUCAUCACUGCUGGCGUGGUGGGAGGCAGUGGGAAGGGCUGUGUGUUUGCUUGUCCCUGUACCAGCCCCGCAGGCCUGGCCCCCGGUGCCCAGAACUCCCCCAGCUGCUCAAGUCGCAAAUCCCGUGCAUCUGCCUAUCUAAGGAGCAGCGGCCACCACGCCUGGCUCUCAGAAGGAAGAAUCCCAGGACUCCUGUCCUGUGCUAAGAAGAACUGCACUGACAGCUGGACGUUUCCUACCUGUCCUCCCUGGCUCUCCCCGCAAGCCAGUUAUCUGCCGGUUGUUUCAAAGAUCAUGAAACAGAAAUAAAGUGAUUCUGCCAAGG